AUGGAUCCUCGUACUUGGUCUCGUGAUUAUUGGAAGAUUGCAGCUGCCACUGCUGCUACAGCAAGUGUGCUCCUUUAUGCCAUCAAGACUAGCAACAAUGCCAAAAGACGACAAAAAGAUAACAUCCCUUCACCCCCAGGCUGGUUGCCGUUCUUUGGUCACAUUCUAUCCAUCAACACCGAAAUGCCGGCAUACACAUUCAAGCAAUGGCACGUAGAUCACGGUCCUGUCUUGAGAGUCAACUUGGGUGCACAAGAAUGGGUCAUGGUGAGCGAUACCGAUAUCCUUCAUGAGCUCUUGGUGCAUAAUGGUGCGGCGUCUUCAAGUAGACCCUUUGUCAACUAUUCUUCAGGACAUUAUGCUCUCAACAAAAAAGGCAUCGUUCUUUCAGACGCCAACAAGAAAUGGAAAAGCUUAAGAUCUGCUGCCCUUACUAUCUUGUCCCCCAAAAUGGUGAAUGAAUACAGCAACGUGCAUCUUUCUGAGGCCGACAUGUUGGUGGAUGAAUUGAUCAAGAUUGGUGGCGAACCUCAAGGCAUUUAUCCCGAGAAGCUGCUGAAAAAGACAUCUCUCAACUAUGUGCUGGAUACUUGUUUUGGCAUGCGUGUCCCAUCAACAGAGGAUCCCUAUUUCAAGGCAAUCAACACAUUCAUCGAUGAAGGUCUCGUUCUCGGUGGUCCUCACAACGACCUGGGCGCCAUCUUCCCUGCUUUAUCAUUUGUGGAUAAGUUGCUUGGACGUGACAAUAUGUUUCGGACAUUCAUCAGAGAGAAGCGUGAUCCAUUAUUCAAUCCCAUGAUCAAGCAAGCCGCUUCAGGAGACCGUGAUUGUUUAAUCAAACGACUUGUUGACAACAAGGAAGAAUAUGGCCUUGAUGAUGAUGAUAUUCUUGUGGCUGCUUCUGACCUAAUUACUGGAGGCACCGAUACCACUGCCAUCACACUUUCAUGGAUCAUUGCCAUUCUUGUGAACCAUCCUGAUGCUUGCAAGCGUAUUGCGCGGGAGGUGGACGACUUCAUCAGUGAACAUAAACGAUACCCGGUGUUUUCGGAACGAUCUCAUUUCCCUUUCCUCAAUGCCGUUCAAAAAGAAAGCAUGCGUUAUCGAUCCAUUGGCCAUUUUGUGUUCUUCCACGUGCUUGACAAAGAUAUUCAGACCCAUGGUUAUCUUUUCCCCAAAGGUUCAUGGAUCUAUCCUUCAACAUACACCAUCCACACCAACUCUGAUAUUUAUCCUGAUGCCGACAAGUUUGUGCCUGAGCGAUUUCUGGAAGACAAAAAGACAAUGGCCGCUGCUACCAAUAGCAAACCUGGAGAACGUGAUCAUUAUACAUUUGGCUUUGGUCGACGCGUAUGUCCUGGUAUUCAUUUGGCUGAGGUCGAAAUGUUUAAUGUCUUGGUGCGUAUUUUCGCUCGAUGCACAUUAGAGCCAGCAAAAGAUGCUCAAGGAAAGCCAAUGCUACCGGAUCUGGAUGCUCCACGCGAUGGCGGCAUUACUGUACUCCCACCCCUUUAUCAAGUACGCUUUAUCCCUCGAGUAGAUGCUCUCAUUUAG